CCUUCCGCGCGCCUCUGGGGAACGGCCUCACCACCCUUCCCGCCUCUCCGGGUGGGGAGGCGAUCGCCCGCUCCCUUCGUCCCUUGGGGUGCGGGUGGAGCGACGUUUCGGGGGAGCCUCGGCCCUUUUUACGAGGCCGCUGGCCUUCCUGCUCUCCAGUGGCGGCACCAGACCCCUCCCCAGGCGGAGCCCUCGGCGAGAGCGGCGCCCUCCACCCCUCUCGAGUUUUUAUACCGGGUUUCCACUUCUUGACGUGUCCACCCUAACGCCUUUCCUCCGGUUUUCUACCCCUCCGCAGUUUCCUAUUUGCUACAAAGGACGCUUUGUCUCCAGCGUUCUUAGCAUUGGGAAACUUAAUCCUCUUUUUCCUAAUGAUUUUUCCAACUGGGCAGAGUUGACUGCGGGCUGGUGUCAAUGGAAAGCACCCAGAAAGACGGUGUUUCUCGCAGUCGUGGAGAGUAGAUUACGUGUAAUUUUAAUACUGCUUUCUUCGAUGUUUUCUCUGUUCGUCUAUGCAUAGAGAAGAAAGUAGUGUUUGUGUAGUAUGUGCUUUUUGCCUGGGGCAGUUGAUAAAAACACCGUGUACCUUAUCUGUAUGGCGUUAGAGCAAUGUGAGACGGAAAAGGUUUUUUGCAAGGCUUCCUGUAUUUUGGUAGGAAACCAUUCCAUUUCUAAUCUGUCGAAUAGAGUAGCAUGACUUGUUUUUAUGUUGGCGCUUGUAUCAUUCUUGAAAUUUGCACCCAAAGAUAUCCCCAGUUAAUAUCUGCUAUAAACAUGUGUAUACACGAGUACGCCUCUGUUCACUAUGAAUUUAUCCGAAUGUGUGAGAUGUUAGCGGUAGACAUAUUUUAUCAUUAUUUCUGACUGACUUUUAUACUCAAUAUCAGUUUAGUAAACAUGGUUUACCUGGAGAGUGUCGACUGUGUGUUAUACAUCCUUUUGAAGCCAAUGCCGAAAACAUGAAAAGUAGUGUCUCAGUACAACACAUGAUCAGAAACUGCCAAAUCAUGAUCAUGUUCCAUGUGUGAAUGUGUUAGAAAAUUGUAAUGUGGUGAAAAAAAAGGAAGUCCGAAAUGGAAAAGGACUAAGGGAAGGAAGCAUUUUACAGAUUCUUCAACUUUUAUUGAGGAACUACUGUAUGCCAGAGACUUAGGAUACAAAGAUAAAUGAGAAGUUAUUGGGGGAUGACAGAGCUGGAAAUAAUUAUAUUACUAUGUGAGUGUUUAUGGUGUGCUCAGAUGCGGUGGGAGAACAGAGAUGGUAGGUUGAAUUUUUGUCCUCCAAAAAGAUAUAUUCAGGCUCUAAUUCCCUAGUACCUGUGAAUGUGAUCUUAUUUGGAAGUAGUGUCUUUGCAGAUAUAAGCAAGUUAAAAUUAUACUGGUUUAAGGUGGACCCUAAUCCAAUGACUGGUGUCCUUAUAAGAAGAGGGGAAUUUAGACAUGGAGACAUACAGGGAGAAUACCAUGUGAAAAUGGAGACAGAAAUUGGAGUGAUGCAGCUACAAAGCCAGGAGCACCAAAGAUUGUUGGCAACCGUGUUGGCAACCACUGAGUAUUAGGAAGAGGCAAGGAAGGGUGCUUCCCUGCAGCCUUCAGAGGGAGUGUGGUGUCGCUGCUGACACCUUGGUUUCAGAAGUCCAGCCUCCAGAACUGUCAGAAGAUAAAUUUCUGUUGUUCUCAGCCAUCCAGUUUGUGGUACUUUGUAACCGCAGCCCUAGGAAACUGAUCCGGGUGGGAUUAAUCUCCCGUGCUCCACAGAGAGGACUGUUUUCACAGAAGAGGCAAUGCUUGAACUGAAUCUGAAGGGAUCAAUAUGGCUUCAUUUGGCAAGGCAUGGAGUGAAGGUGGAGUAUGUCCCAAGGGGGGAGGACAGCACGUGACAUGGUGCAGGGCACAUGAAAUAACACGCCUUCUUUUCUUCAGGUACUUAAGCUUCAUUAGUGAGACGGGAACUUAGUGGUCAGGGUUGAAGCUGGACGGGCGUUAGGAAUGAGUCAGGCCAUGGGGAGCCUCCAUGCUAGAACAACUUGUAGGCUGUGGAAGCAAUUGCAAAGGGAUGGCAGCAGUGAUAUAUAUAGUUGAAAGAUCACUGUCUGCUGUGUAGAGGAUGGACUGGAAGAGUCACAGAGGCAGGAAUGAGAGGAUAAGGCCUGCACCAGGGCUGUAGCAGAGAGUUUAAGAAGUCUAGGAGAUUGAGUCACCUUGACUUACUGAUUCGUUGGAAGGUGGAAUGCAAUUAUGGUGUCAGCCCUCUAAGAUAGGACCUUUAAAGGGUGGGGAUAGUGGUUCGGUUUUACACGUUACACAUGUUGAAUUUGAGGUUCUUGUUGACUGUCAAGGCAGAGGGGUUAAGAUUGGAGGUGGAAGUACAGGCCUAGUUCUAUAGGACCUACUCUGGGCUGGAGCAUCAGUGGUGUCCGGGCCCUUGUGGUUGAAGCUUUGGGUUGAACGUAAGUUUUCAGCUGGAGUGUGUGGAGUGAAAAGAGAGAUGGGGUUGGAUUUUUGGUCAACUCCAACUUUAAGAGAUGCAGAGGAUGUGAUUCCUGAAAAAAGAGGAAAAAAAAAAAAGACCAAAAAGAAUCAAACAGAAAGAUGGUUGUGAACCUUGAGAAACUGAUAUCAGAACAAAAGGAAGAGGUCUGCAGUUCCUAGCUUUGACAGGCCUCAUGGAGGAGGGGUUACUGCAGAUGGUCAGGCACAGAGGAGGGGAGCAAAGCCCGCCAGGAAAAGAUCAUCUGUAAUGAAAUAAUAUGUGGUAUUUGCCUUCCAUCCGCACAUGGGCAUUUUCCAUUAAAGAGUGGAAAUGUAAAAAGAUAUGUUAAAAUUGACAGUUUUUCUUUGUCCCCUAACAUCUGUAUACUUCCAGAUGUUUUUUAAAAAGCACUUUGGCACCUUCCUAUUAAAGAGUCUCUCUAAAUCUUCUCUCAAGUAAAAGGAAGCAAUCAAAAAUGUUCAUUAGCUUAAUUAAUUAAAUUCUAAUUAUGAGUAUUAUGGACUUUUUUCAGAAGAAAAUUUGGAUAAGAUAGUCUCCUAUGCUUUUGAUUUCUACUUUUAUCAAAGAACAUUGCUAAAAUGAGUAGAUACUUGAGUCAGUCAGCAUUUAUUUGACUACCUCCUUUUGCCAAGCACUUUACAUAGAUUAUCUCAUUUAAUUCCCAUAAGCUCAAUAAGGUGGCACCAUUAUUUCCAUUUUACAGGUGAGAAAUCAGAUUCAGAGGUUUAGCUUCUACCCAAGGUCAUAAGACCAGAUGGUGGCAGAGUUAAGAUUUGACUCAUAUUUGUGACUCAGAGCUCAAAACUUUUUAACAACCUUGAUACUCUGUUUCUCACUCAGCAGCACAACAAGGGCAAAUACGUUCCUACUCCCACAGAGACUAGUGUCCAGUAGAUACAGGGAAUAAAUACUUUAUUCAGUGGACACUAGUUGGGAAUUGUUUCCUAUAAAGACAUGAAAACAAUCUUCAAAUACUUGAAGUACCGUGGUUUGGGGAGGCAAAAUGAUCAAAGGUAUAUAUUACAGGGAGGCAGUUCUGGAUAUAAUUUAAAGAAGGAGGGCUUUCAACAUUUAGAAACUGUUGGAAUUAAAUUAAACCUGUCUUGAGUGGUAGUGAGUUUUCCUUCACUGGAGUUGUGUGGACCGACUGACUGCCCUCUGGUGACAAAUAUAGAGGGAAUUCAUACAUUGGAUAGGGGUUAGGUAUUGGAAUUACUUGAGACCUUUGUAUACCUUAUGAUUUUAAGGUGGCAGACAUGGGUCAUUGUCUUAAUCAGUUUGGGCUACUGUAAGAAAUAUAUUGUAGACUGGGUGGCUUAAACAACCAACAUUUAGUUUCCACAGUUCUGAAGACUGGGAAGUCCAAAAUUUUGGUGCAGUCAGAUCUGGCAUCUGGUGAGAGCCUUCUUCCUGGUUUGCAGGCCUGCUUUCUGCUCUCACAUUGGAGAAUAGAGGGAGAGAAAGAGAAGAGCAUGUGCUCUACUUUCUCCCUUCUUACAAGGACACUCAUCCCAUCGUGGAGACCCUACACUCAUGACCUCAUCUGAAGCCAGUUAUCUCCCAAAGACCCACCUCCUAAUGGCAUCUCACGCUCUUGUGGCAUUAUCCUUCAGUGGGGCUAUUGGGCUGACUUUUCUUAUGCUGGGAUGUGCCUUAGAGGAUUAUGGCGUUUACUGGCCCUUAUUCGUCCUGAUUUUCCACGCCAUCUCCCCCAUACCCCAUUUCAUUGCCAAAAGAGUCACCUAUGACUCAGACGCAACCAGUAGUGCCUGUCGGGAACUGGCAUAUUUCUUCACUACUGGAAUUGUUGUUUCUGCCUUUGGAUUUCCUGUUAUUCUUGCUCGUGUGGCUGUGAUCAAAUGGGGAGCCUGUGGCCUUGUGUUGGCAGGCAAUGCAGUCAUUUUCCUUACAAUUCAAGGGUUUUUCCUUAUAUUUGGAAGAGGAGAUGAUUUUAGCUGGGAGCAGUGGUAGCACUUUAUUCUGAUUACAGUGCAUUGAAUUUCUUAGAACUCAUACUAUCUGUAUACUUGUGCACAUGCAGCAUUUUACUAUGAAAUUUAAUAUGCUGGGUUUUUUAAUACCUUUAUAUCACGUUCACUUUAAGGAAGACUUCAUAAGUAAAAGAUGAGUUUUAUUCUCAGCAAAUAGACCUGUCACAUUUAGAUUAUGUUACUCAAAUUAUGUUACUCGUUUGGCUGUUCAUGUAGUCAUGGUGGUGUCAGACAAUAUGUUAACCCAGUCUUGUAGACAGCUGCCACCUUACGCAGUGCAUCUAAACCUUUUGCUUGGGGAUGUGCUUGGAGAGGCAGAUAACACUGAAGCAGGUCUUUCAUGGCCGAGGAAGGCAGGGGUGGAUCCCUCCUUGUGUUGUAGUCCAUGCUAUUCAAAGUGUGGCCCACAGACCAAGAGCCUCAACAUUUCCUAGGGCCUUAUUAGAUAAGUGCAGAAUCUGAAGCCCCACUCUGGACCCAGGGCAUUUUGAUGAGAUCCACAGGAGCUGUAUGCACAUGAAGGUUUGAGAAGCAUCGUCAUAGAGAAGUAAACAUCACACACAACUUCCUUAUCUUCCCAGUGGCUAAACCACUUAACCCCUCUGGGUGUUACCUGCUCAUUUGUUUGAAAACAAAAAAAAAGUCUCAGCUGCCCUCAAGUUCAGAUGUUCAAGCCUAUAAUUUUUAGGCUGUUCCUCAAAUUUGUGAAAAGUGUUCUCAGAAUUGGGAGAUAGUCAAAGGGUACAAAGCCUCAGGAGGAAUAAGUGUGAUUUUUUUUUUUUUAAGAUCACUUGCACAGCAUGCUAAAUAUAGGAAUAAUUGAAUGUAUAUUUCAGUAUUGCUAAGAGAGUAAAUUUCUAAUGUUUUCAUUAAAAAGUUAAAUAUUUGAGGUCGUAUGUUAAUUAGUGUAAUCAUUCCACCUUAUAUUCAAAACUCAUAACACCAUAUUGUACCCUAUAAAUAUAUACAAUAAUUUGUAAAUAUAUAAUCAAAAUAAGUUAAAAAACAAAAAAAAAGCCCCUCUCCCCCAGAAAAAUUCUCAGUGGGGAACAGAUGUAUCUUCUCAUCUGAAAGGCAAUGCUGGGGGAAGAGCUCCACUGAGAUGUGGGCUGGGAGGCUGGGCUGGAGCCAGCCCCUGCAUUAGCAGGAGGGGAAGAAUAGAUAUGUGACUCUUUUACAUUUCCUUUAUGAUCUGGGCUUCUCCCCAGCUCCUUCCCUCUGCCCCCCACCCCUAUUCUUCAACAGUUCUGGUUUGCCCUGACUUCUCUGCGACUCUGGCUUCUUCCUGAAGUGAUACAGGAGCCAUGUAAACACGCAGUGGAUGAACUGCUUAAUUUCACUACAUGUUGAUGUACUUAUUGUCUUCUAUCCUGUAGGUCUUUUCUAUAUAACUUUAUGCCACCCUUAAAUGAAUCAUUGGGUAUACAUGUCAUGUUGGAUCCUGUAAUCACAGUUUUCCCAGCUCAUCUUUUUCUAAGAUCUGUUGAGGAAGGGAAAUAUGGGAAGGAGAACCAUUUGAUCAGAAUACAACCAAUAGUCUUUAAGCAUUUUUAAAGUAUGAAACUGAAAUACAUUCAAAACACUUAAUCCUUGAGGCUUGUAAUCUGAGUAAUUAGCGGAUAUGAUGCUGGGACCAGAAAAUAGAAAGUAAUAACUAAAGGGUUAAUGUGCAACGUUAUUUUUUGGACUUGUGCAUGAUUUUAUGUUUUCAAUGUCCUGUGUACAUAUGGAAUUGUUAAAGUUGUUGUUUCCAAUAUUUAUAUUAGAAAAAUUAUUUAGAUACUUUAUAAUUUUAACCAGCAUUUUUAAUAAUGACACUUGCAUUUAUUGUAUUGUAAUAAAUUUCACUUUUAACUUUAAAA